GCAUUUCCAGAGCUGCAGGCUGGAGAACUAGCAUCACUGAUACAGAAUCCUUGCUUGCUGUACACACAUCCUAACGGGAGGACCAUCUUUCCUGACGUUCUUCACGGCAAGCUGAGGGCUAUGCCCCCGUUUCUAUUUGUCCUUCUUCUUCUCUUGAGUGUGAUACAAGUAACUGAUUCAGAAACUGUCACCUCUGAAGAUGUCCAAAAGACCUGCCCUGCGAUUGCCUGUUGUCCAGGUCUGAACGGCUUUCCGGGCAAAGAUGGCCGUGAUGGCGCCAAGGGAGAGAAAGGAGAACCAGGUGAAGGUUUGAGAGGCUCACAGGGCCCUCCUGGAAAGAUGGGACCUCCAGGAGCUCCAGGAGCCCCAGGAGCCCCAGGAGCCAAGGGUCCAAAAGGAGACCCUGGAAAAACCAUAGAAUGUGCUCCUAGUUCAACUGAUUCAGAAAUAGCAAGUCUGCGAUCAGAAUUGGAACGUAUCAAAAACUGGCUUUACUUCUCUCUGGUGAAAAAGGUUGGGAAGAAGCUCUUCUUGAGCAGUGGUGAAAAGAUGAGCUUUGACAAAGUCAAGGCUCUCUGUGCCAGGGUCCAGGCCUCGGUGGCCACUCCCAGGAAUGCUGAGGAGAACCAGGCCAUCAGGAGUACAACCACAGAAGCUGCCUUCCUGGGCAUCACAGAUGAAGUUAAUGAAGGCCAGUUUGUGGAUAUGAAAGGAGCAUCAUUGAGCUACACCAACUGGAAUGAAUAUGAACCCAACAAUGCUAACCCAGGAGAAGACUGUGUGGUCAUUCUUUCAGAUGGAAAAUGGAAUGACAUCCCUUGUUCCAGAUCCUUUAUGGCAGUCUGUGAAUUCACUGUUUGAGUGAAAUUACCCUCCAGAACCCCCUGUCCAUUUCUGCAUCUUAUAAGAUCAGCAUCUGCUUUAGAGGGUCAUACAUAGUCACUUCCUGAAACACCUAGUAUUGAGCUACUCUUUUGUGGAGAAUUGGGGAAAAUUCAAGAAUGGAUUGAAUGGUGGACUGUGGAAGUGAGAAGUGAGAAGAGUCAGAGAGCUUCAACUCCACUCUGAAUCACUACCUAUUCUUCUGAACCACAGUAGUAGCAGUUAAUUUAACAGGAGGACAAAAGUACAGAUAAUGUACUUUUAGUCUUAUCAUGUGCCAUGAGCUUUGUAACUUCCAGGGGUUGUCUAAUUCAAUUAACCUACAAUACUUUUG